GCUCACUUGUACAAGUAUAGAAUUAGCGGCAAAACUUGGACAACGAAUAAUUGUGAAGUUAUAUAGAAAAGAUUAUAAACAAUUUGUAACGUUCAGUUUUUCAUUUUUAUGGACUUAAUUGUGGUAUAAUAGCCGUAAAAAUUUUCUUUUCCUUAGUUAUAAUGACUCGUGUCUCUGAAGAGCAAACAAUAGAGAUUCAAAAAAAUACAGUGCGGCGAUCUUCUAAAAAUCUUCCAACACAUUUAAAGGAAAACGACAAACAGAAGCUAGUUAUAGAAAGAGAGCCUGAUAUCUGUCUUUUACAACCUAUUAUAUUCAAGGGAUGUAUUAAUUAUACUAAUGAUUUUAAUGAUUGUGCUAUGAUCUGUGAUGCUAUAAUACAACAAAUAGAAAGUUGUAAUAAUGAGACAGUUCCAAUAGGAUUUGAUUUGGAAUGGCCUUUUAGUUUUCAGACUGGAAGUGGAAAAACUGCUUUAGCACAAAUUUGUUGGAAUAACGAUGUCUGUUAUUUAUUCCAUGUAUAUUCGUUAAAAAAAUUACCUGCUGCAUUUACAAUUUUAUUAAGUCAUCCAAAGGUAAAACUUGUUGGAGUAAAUAUUAAAAAUGACAUUUGGAAAUUAGGAAGAGAUUUCAAAGAAUUUCCAGCCCAGAAGGUUGUGGAAAGUAAUUGUUUGGACAGUGGUACAUUUGCAAACAAAGUAUUAAAUAGAUCCUGUCGCUGGAGUUUAGAAAAAUUAACAGCAUAUUUGUUAAACAAAAAAAUUGAUAAGAAUCCAAAAGUAAGGAAAAGUAAUUGGCAUAUUUAUCCUUUAAGUGUAGAACAAAAAACUUAUGCUGCAACAGAUGCCUAUGUUUCAUGGCUUUUGCAUAAUACUAUACAAGAGAAAGCCAACAAAAAAGCAAUGGAGGAAAAUAUGUAAUGUGACAAUCUUCAAGUUACAUAAGCAUAUAAAGAUAUGAGAAACUAGGUCCAAAAAUUACAUAAUC